GACCGGAAGUAAAUAAACUUCUUUCCCGCGCAGUUGGAUUAAUACAAGCUAACCAUUGAGGACAGUCUGACACAAUGGACGAACUUUAUUUGGAUAAUAUUGACGAAUAUGUCAACGACCACAACAAGAUAGUAACGUAUAAGUGGCUGAGUCUCACUUUGGGAGUCCAUGUCAACACAGCUAAACAGAUGCUUUACCACUAUCUGGAGCACAAGAGGAAGGAGAGCUCACCUCAGCUCCACGCCACCUACCUCGUGUCUGGAAAGCUGGAGGGAAAUGGUCAAACUUGUCACCACGUGUCUCUAGUCAGAGAGGACCAGUUGGAAGAUUUUAAAUCUAAGAUGAGCUUGAUCGUAAGCGUUCACGUCUACAGCGUGCAGAAAGCUUUGCUCAAAGACAGCGGCCCCCUCUACAGUGUCGACUAUGAUGCUGUCAAAGACAACCUGAAGAACUGCAGCAAAUACAGCUCCAUCCGAUGCACCAAUGCGGUGCCCAUGUCGGCUGCAGAGCUGCAGCAGUUCCAGGAUGUUCAGCGAGCUCCUCCACCCGUGCCUGAGAGCAAAACCUCUGUAACGAACGGGAACUCCAGUACGGCAUCCAAACCCUCAAGUAAACCGCAGAAAGGCAUCAUGGGAAUGUUUGCAAAUAAAUCUGCUCCCAAAAGCCAGGAUAACAGCAAAGAAGUGAAAUCUGAACAAAAAGAAGAAUCCUCCUCUGUGACAGAGGCAGUGAAAAGCAAACAAGCAUUGAAGUCUAAUCCAGUGGCCAACUUCUUUGGAACUCAGACAAGUAAGUUACAUUACUGGUGAUAUGCAGGAG